AUGUCGGACAACACAAAGGCAUCUCACAUCGACCUGUACUCAAGCUACAACUUUGCUGGGUCCGUCGAGUGGGCCGUCGACCUGGCCCAGUUCGUUGAGAGCGUGGCCGACGAGGAGGCGAGCGAGAACAUCACGGCGCUCGAGGAAGACUUCACAGCCGCCCUCUCCACGAGCGGCUAUGACAUCUCAGAGUUCACCACGUACAACCUCAGCGAUCUUGCCACACGCCUCGUCGGCUUUGAAGGAUGCGAGUUAUCCGACACGUUCCCAAUCACAAAUGCGCCACAGAUCAUCUACUCGGUCUGCCAGUACGGACUCCAAUAUUGCUCAGGUCCAGGACAUCAAGAUCAAGGUCGCAUUCAAGGGGGUGGCACCGUCAAGUGGGAGACCGUCUGGGGGCCCGCCUUGGCCAAGAUCCUGGCGCGCUGGGGCUCCAAUACGGGCGCCUGGACCAUGCUGAACACUGACAGCAUAACCUUGUACGGAUUCGCUAAGUACAUUCAGGACGCCCUGGGCAACAUCUACCCCCACCUGCCGCUGGCCAAACAGUCCCCGGUUGGCGUCAGUCUCAGUCUUAACGAUGUCGUCUUCGACGCCGACGGCUGCUUCACCGUCUAUGCCAACGACACCAUCAUCGAGCUCACCAACACGACGCUGCUGGACGAGUACGCAUGGAGCACGACAGAGGGCGUCUGCGCCGAGGCCGACGACGAGGAAGGCGACCCGAACCCCUCGGGUAUCUUGACCAUUGGCACCAACUGGGCCGUGCAGUCCGAGUUCCCCAGCACCUACCAUUCCAGCUGGUCCUCGUGGGCCGGCCUCGCGACGGCCACGUCGACGAGCGCCGCUGCUCGCGCGACAACGACGUGGAUCCUCGCUGUGUAUAGCGAUACGGACUGCUCGGGCGACUACUACUCGCUUGAGGGCCACAACGUUGACUCAACUCCUCUGCGUCGUGCCUCUGGUUCACCGACGGCGGCGACUCUGACGCAGCCCAAGUCGUGGAGCGUGGUGGGCGGCGUCUGCACGGCGUACGACACGACUGCGUGCUCGAGCGACGGAACCGAGGACGCCUACAUUGAGGCCGAGGGCUGCCACAACUACUUGUCCGACGACAACGACACGCAGACGUGGAUCGCCGUGCAGUGCGGGGCCGAGGUCGACCUGAAUGGGCUGCUGCAGACCGCCGGCGAUGCCAGAGGCGGCAACGACUGCGUCUGCGUCCUCUCCCCAGGUGACGACGACAGCCAUCGUGUCAGUUGCCUCCCAGCAGCUGACACCUGCUACCACAGCCGCGAGUAG